ACUCUUAUUCAUUAUGUCAUUGUACAUAAUGAAAUGAUGAUCAUUUUUUAUAUUUAAAUUGUAUAAUAUUUUCAAUUUUGUACGAAGUUGUUAUUACUAUUUAUACAUUACGCCUAGCUAGAGUUUAUAAUUAUUAAUAACAUUUCAUCAAAACAGUGAUUAGUGACAGUAUUUUUCGUCUGUGAAAUAAAACAAAACAAAUGCGCAAUUAGUGGAUUUAAUAGUAUGUCCUGUUUUAUAAACAAAUAUGGCAAUAGUAUUAAGAUCCUAUUGCAAAGCUCACAAAAAUGUUCAAAAAUCUGUCCUACCUUCACUUUCCACUCUAAUGCCAAUGUUUCAUAAAACAUUCAGCGAUGAUAGAGUGAUCGACAAUGCCGACUUUUGUGACAGCACCAUUUUAGUAGAAACUGGUUUCAAUGUGCAGGAGCUACCAGUGAUUAUCAGAAAAAUAAAACACAUAGAAGUGGAAAAGGAACAAGCGAGCAGUGAGCAAGAAAAGAAGCACACAAGUGAUUCCAUCAGCUAUAAUCUCAUACAAUCUGAGUUUAAACAGUGUGUAGAUCUUAGAGAUGUUUUUUCUUUGUUGACAAAAUGUACUAAAAUAACGCCAAACAUUGCUCUAGGUGCAAUGGAACGUAUAUAUGAUUUGGAAAAAAAUCCAGGUGCCUUGAAUUUAGACAUUAAAAAUGAACAUAUUAAUUUGGCAAAGGGUGCUAUUUUAGACAAACUAUUAAAAGUAGUUAUGAAGACUGACGAUACACAAACAAUACUUAAUGUAUUGCAGUCAGUUUCAUCAUUUAUGGUCCCAUAUAAAUAUAAAUUUUGUGAUGAGCUUUUGUUUAGAACAGUAGAUAAUAAGCUAACAAUCGAACAGCUUUGUACAUUUACUAUGUUUUUAAUUAAAAAUAAGAAUGAUCCUAAAUAUUCUGAAACUAUAGACAAAUUGUGGGUUGGUUUUGUUCAGAAAGAUGUUGAUAUUAAUGAAACAAAUAUUUUACAAAUAUUUCAAGUCUUACCACAUUUAAAAAUAAGUAAAAGGACAGUACAAACUUUACUUGAACAAAAGUUAUGCGAUUUAUGGCCUAAAAUUAAUGUAAGUACUAUGCAAGAUAUUUUGAGUAUUUUUAUUGAAGAAAAAUAUUUGUCUUUACAGUCUUUUGCUGUAGUAGGAAGUUGGCUCAAGAAAAGCAUAAAUAUAUUAAAUGAUGAUGCAUUAUUGGAUAUGAUUACAAAACUUACCAGGUUAAAUUACACUGAUGACCAAAUAGAAACAGCUGUAGAAAAAUAUAUGAGACUGAAAGUGACAAAGAUCGAGUCACAUGUUUUAAUUGUGGGUGUUUUAAACUAUUGUAUGCAGUUUCAAAUACGAAAUAAUAAUAUUAUGACUGCAUGCAGUCAAUAUUUUUUAACACAUGGCAAAUCAAUCUCACCUAGUUUUUUGAAAUCAAUAAUUUAUCCAUUUGGAUAUUUAUUACUUGAUACAAAUGAUUAUGAUGAAUUUUGGGACUUUGCUGUAAGUGUUAUUGAGGAGAAAUUUUAUAAAAUUGACCCUGAUCAUCUGUGCUCAAUAUUAUUGUCUUAUAUUUAUGUUCGUAAAUAUCCUUUAAAAUUAGUUAACAGGAUAUUUGCUCAAGAGUAUUUGUUUAAUAUGAAUUCCCAAACAUUAAAAUCACUUCAUAUUAUUGACACUGCUUUGUCGUUAGAAUAUUCAGAAUAUUUAGGUCCCCUCUUGCCUAAGGACCAAUGGUCGAAACCUAUUACACAAGACAGUAGAAUAAAAAAUAUUAUAGAUAAAGUUAGAGACAGUUUGGUGGCUGUUGCUGGCGGUGAGGACAAGUUGUCAACAGCUGUAUUAAUUCCUCAUUUAUAUUCUCAUGAGACAUAUUUGAUAGAUGUGAUGCUUCAUCCUACUGGUUUAGGUAGUAAUAUUUUCAAUUGGAAAACAAAAACACGUAGAAAUGAAAAUAUAGCUAUUUUAAUUCAUUUACCAGAUCAUUAUUGUUCAGAUAAUGAACAACUUGUUGGCCCACAAAUGAUGAGAAAGAGACAUCUGAAAAUUCUUGGAAUGAAAGUUGCUAGUUUGAAGUAUACAUCAAUAAGUCAAUUUUAUACGUCUUACAACUCUAGUGGUUUAAGACAAUAUCUGGGUGAUGCAAUAAAAAAUGCUGAAUCAUGUUCAUGAUACAUGCAUUGAUUUUAUUGUUAUUUUUCUAAUAUAAUAUUAAUUGUAUUUUUUCCUUUUGUUAUCAUGACUAAUACCUCUAUUGAUUGUGAGAAAUAAUAGUGCCUUUAUAUGUACAUAAUUAUGUAUAUGUAUAAUGAUAUUAAUAAAUAGUCCUGGGUUACAUUAUGAAAUAGUAGCUUUUUUAAAAAUAUAAGCUUGUCAUAUAAAUAUAAUCAUGAAGGAAUAGCACCAUGCAAUUAUGGAUCAAUUCUGACCGUGCCAAAAAAUAGUAAUUGUAUGCUUUUUAUCUUGUGAUAUUGAUCAAAUAGCAGAUGCUCUUAGUUGUUGUUAAAAGUUUUAACCAAAAAUUUUUUAUACAUAUUUAUAAUUUAUCACGGCUGAGUAAUUUUUAUCAUAGCAGUUAAUAUUUGUUUUUUUCUUUAUUAAAUAUUGUACAAUAUAAUGUACAUUUUAUAAUGUAAAAUAUACGGUUCCUACAUGUAAGGAAAAGGUUAUUUACAUUUAUUAACAGUCAUGAAAUAUGUGUGUGUAAUUAAGUACAGUAGAGACUCGAUUAACUGGUCUAAUUGUUGUCGUAAUGCAUUCGGAUAUUAAUCUGGAAAAUCCGGAAAAUUAAAUAUAUGAAGUUAUCUCGCAUAUAUAUGUUUAUUAGAAAUUAUAAAAUCGCAUUUUUUAUACUUAAGAACCUACUUAUUUUUUUAUCACGGUUCACACUCUGGAUAAUGACGAAUCCGUGUAAUUGAGGUCUGGAUAAUCGAGUAAUAUUUUUACUAGUCUUGCUGAAUACCGAAGUCGAAAAAGUCAAUAUCUUUAAUAUAAUUAUCGGAUGCAAAUGGCAAAACAAUGUCAAAUGAAAUAUUUUUCUACAUUUAAUAUUGUACAUAAAUGUAUGGAACAUUUUUUAUUUAACUUUAAUUAGGUAUGUAACAAAUAUAUUUGUCAUCUAGGUUUAAAUUAUUUAUCAUAGGGUCAGAAAUAAAUGGUGCGAUAAUUUUA